AUUGCCUACUGCCUAGCCAAUGUAACACCUGAGCACUGCUGGGCCAGCUAAGUAUAUUUAUUUUAAAAUAUCAUGCUAAUUGAAUCUCUGAUGCUUCCAAUCCCUUCGUUUCAAAACGGUGGCUAUUUUGAAUUGGGAGUUGCGCCUUCUUCUUAAUUCGAAAUAAGAUAUUCAGAAAUUGAAAUUUUCUCAUUUUUAUUAUUCGCAGUGCUCACCAGAAGAUCCUAACACUCCAACCGCCGUGACAGUAAUUAGAAUUCAAUUCUGUACGUAUGUUGUAGCCUAUAUAACGAUAUGUUUUGUUGGGGAUCUUCAGCUGAAGCAACAGCAUCGCGUGCAUUUUCCCCUUUUUUGCUGGUAACCAGUAGAUGGAGACAGAGUUUUAAGUAAGGUGGUUUCUGAGAAAAAGUUGUGAACCAAGUUUUAUCCAUUGAAUAGCGAGCCAAAAUACUGGGAGCAAAUUAACACCGCACAUUAUUAUAAAUAUAUUUUUAGUUCAACUGGUUUCUUGACUAUCCUGAAAAUUUGCAGGGCGUAUGUUAGAGCUGGCUUAAAAUGGUCAGAAGGAAUCUAAAACGAUUUCAGGAAUAGCGGCAUAUUCAGUAGUUUACUCAGAUAUUGUAAACUUAAAUGAUUUAAGUCAAUAACAAAUGUAAAAUUAUCUACUUCUAUUCGCGUUUUAUAUUUUAAACAGAUUGCAGAUUGCGUUGCAUUUGUAGUAGUUAUAUGUAGGGUGCUGGCCAAUCCCACUGAUGUCUACACCCUCUCCUAGUUUUCUUUCCUAAAUGACACACUGGCAUAUCCCAUGUUGCUAUUCCACGAACAGCAAGUAAUGAGGCGUCGGUGGUAAAGCAUGCUGCGAUUUUACUCUCAGGCAAUAAUAACCAAUUGAUUGCACAUCUGUUGAUUGCACAUCUGUUUUGACACAAUGUUGCGCGUUGUUGUGGAAUCUGCGAAAGAUCUUCCAAAAAAGAAACUUGGGAGUCCUGACCCCAUAACAUCGAUUGUGUUUAAAGAUGAAAAGAAAAAGACAAAAUCAAUUGACAAUGAGUUAAAUCCGGUUUGGAAUGAAGUCCUUGAGUUUGAUUUGAAGGGGGCACCUUUGGAUUCUUCCUCAUUCAUUGAAGUUAUUGUGAAAGACUAUGAAACCAUUGGAAAAGACAGGUUCAUUGGCUCUGCAAAAGUGUCUCUGAAAGAUCUGGCAAGUGGCCAGUUGAAGUCCAUCCCUUCAAAGAAUUUACCCCUUCUAAGUGAAAAAAAUGAAAAUAUUGGAGCUACCAUCAAUUUAGUGAUCGGAUAUGAUCCUCCAGCUGGUGCCGUGCCUGAUCCAAACAGUCAGACGGAUGGCGGUACUGCAGGUGCUGGAGGAAAUGGAGGUGAUGGGGACGAGGGAGACGUUGCUGACGGAGGCCAGAUGGGGGACGGCUCCUCUCCUGGUCAGCCUGGUAACCCCAACCAGAGGCUCUCGGGGAGAACCAGGAAAAGGCACAAACAGUUAGCUAACAAACCUCAGGAUUUCCAGAUUCGUGUCCGCGUUAUCGAAGCUCGACAGUUGCCUGGAAACAACAUCAAGCCUGUCGUCAAGGUUAACAUCUGUGAAGAGACGCAUCGAACAAGGAUCAAGAGAGGAAACAACCCCUAUUUUGAUGAGAUGUUUUUUUACAACAUGAACAUGUUGCCCUCGGAGUUGUUUGAUGAAUAUAUCAUCAUACGGGUGUACGACUCCUCCUCCCUGAGGGCGGACAGCCUCAUGGGGGAGUUUAAGAUGGACAUUGGAUAUGUCUACGAUGAGCCAGCUCACGCCAUCAUGAGGAAGUGGCUCCUGCUGAACGACCCGGAUGACUCCAGCUCCGGGGCUAAGGGGUACCUCAAAGUCAGCAUGUUCAUCGUCGGCACGGGGGACGAGCCUCCGGUGGAGAGCAGGGAAGUGAACGAGGACCGGGACGAUAUGGAGAGCAACCUGCUGCUUCCGGCCGGGGUUACGCUGCGCUGGAUCACGCUGACGCUGAAAGUGUUCCGGGCUGAGGACAUCCCCCAGAUGGAUGAUGCUUUUGCACAAUCUGUCAAGGCAAUAUUUGGGGGGGAUGGAGACAAGAAGAACCUGGUGGACCCAUUUUUAGAAGUCCAGUUUGCUGGCAAAAAGCUUUGCACUAAAAUACUUGAGAAGAACGCCAAUCCGGAGUGGAACCAGAUGCUCAAACUGCAGGUCAAGUUUCCAUCUAUGUGUGAGCGCGUCAAACUAACAAUCUUUGACUGGGACCGCCUGACGAGGAACGACGCAAUAGGAACAACAUAUUUAAAUCUGACUAAAAUAGCGGCAUCUGGUGGCGAGGUCGAAGACACACAUUCGGGAUAUGGGUCUUCUUCAGAAUAUGGACGUUUUGGGACAACUGGGGAGUCAGAAGUUGGGUUCCUGCCUGCCUUUGGGCCGUGCUUUGUUAACUUUUAUGGAAGUCCCAGAGAAUUCACCGGUCUUCCUGACCCUUAUGAGGAACUGAACUUUGGGAAGGGUGAAGGCGUGGCCUACAGAGGUAGAGUUCUCAUUGAGCUUACCACUUCACUUGACGGGAAGGUCGACAAGCCUGUGGAUGACAUCCCAAACGAUGACAUUUUGGUGGCACAGAAAUACCAGCGGAGGAGGAAGUACUGUUUGUGUGUGGUGUUCCACGGUGCCUACAUGCUGCAGGAACCAGGGGAACCCAUCCAGUUUGAAGUCAGCAUCGGAAACUAUGGCAACAAGCUGGAUGCAACCUGCAAGCCCCUGGCAUCAACAACCCAGUACAGCUGUGCUGUGUUUGAUGGUAACCACUACUACUACUUGCCCUGGGCGAACACAAAACCCGUUGUCGUUCUCACAUCAUUUUGGGAGGACAUAAGCCACCGUCUGGAAUCAGUGAACAUCCUUCUGUACAUCGCCGAGCGGCUGCAAUCUAAUAUCACCUCUUUGAAGACUGCUAUUCUUGCGAAGGCCACAGAAGCUCGGCUGGCAGAGAUCUGGCUGAAGCUGGUGAACCAAGUAAUUGAGGACCUCAGCAGCUGUCAAAUGCCGGAUCUGGAGGGGAAGCCUCAUCUGACGGCCCUGGACAUUCAAAAGAAGAAGCUCCGGGACAGCGGCCUGGACUUGAUCCGAGUCGGGGCGCUGCGGAUGAAGGAGGAGGCCACCGAUGUGAAGGAGACGCUGGGGGAGAUCGAGGGCUGGCUGGACAGGCUGAAGGAGCUGGCCGAGGAGCCCCAGAACAGCAUGCCUGACGUCAUCAUCUGGAUGCUGCGCGGGGAGAAGAGGGUGGCCUGCGCUCGAGUCCCAGCCAAUAAAGUGCUGUACUCCACCUACAGCGAGAAGGCAUGUGGGCAGUACUGCGGCAGGACUCAGACCGUCUUUCUGCAGUACCCCAUGGACAAAGACAAAGGAUUGAAGGUUCCAGUUCAGGUCCGGGUCAACAUGUGGAUGGGCCUGUCUACUCAUGAGAAGAAGUUCAACAGCUUUUCAGAGGGAACCUUCAGUGUCUUUGCAGAACUGUAUGAAAACCAGGUCGAGAUGUUCGGGAAUUGGGGAACCACUGGUCUGGUGGGUCGCUACAAGUUCUCUGACGUAACUGGCAAGUUGAAGCUGAAGCGAGAGUACUUCCUGCCCCCUAGUGGCUGGCAGUGGGACAGCGAAUGGUUCGUGGAUCCAGAGAAGACAUUGCUGACGGAGGCCGACGCGGGGCACACGGAGUUCACGGACGAGGUCUUCGAGAACGAGACGCGCUUCCCCGGGGGGGACUGGAAGGCUGCCACCGAACCUUACACCAACGUGAACGGGGAGAAGAUGCCAGGCCCCAACGAACUCAAGUGUCCUACAGGCUGGCAGUGGGAGGACGCCUGGAGUUUCGAUGUCCACCGAGCCGUGGAUGAACAAGGCUGGGAGUAUGGUGUUACCAUUCCCCCUGAUGAUAAACCCAAGUCCUGGGUGUCGACAGAAAAGAUGUACCACGUUCACAGGAGGAAGAGGAUGAUCAGGCUACGUAAGAGGAUUCCAGGCGUCAGUUCGCCAGUUGAGAAGAGGGAUCAGGAUGAGAUCGAGGGCUGGGAGUACUCGUCUCUGAUUGGCUGGAAGUUCCACAGGAAAGAACGUUCUUCGGACUCGUUCCGCCGCAGACGCUGGCGAAGGAAGAUGGCUCCCGCCGAAAUGCUGGGAGCUUCUGCCAUCUUCAAACUGGAGGGGGGGCUGGGGGUUGAUCACGAUGAAUCAGAGAAAGCGGAUGCUACAAAACUGUUCGGUGCCAACACACCGACCGUUUCUUGCUGCUUUGACAGGACACACGUGUACCAUCUCAGGGUUUAUGUUUACCAAGCUAGAAACCUCAUCGCAAAGGACAAAGACAGCUUUUCAGAUCCAUAUGCCCAUGUGUCCUUCGCACAUGUGAGCAAAACGACAGAGACCAUAAAGGCUACCUUGAACCCAGCAUGGGACCAGACCCUUAUCUUCGAUGAUGUGGAAAUAUAUGGGGACCCUCAGACCAUUGCCCAGGACCCACCCAGCGUGGUCCUCGAGCUCUACGACAGUGACCAAGUGGGUAAAGACGAGCUGCUGGGCCGGAGCAUGUGCCCCCCCCUGGUGAAUCUGAACCCCAGCAUGGAAGUGUCCCCCAAACUGCUGUGGUUCCCUGUCAUGCAGAGGGGGGAGCGUGCUGGGGAGGUGCUCGUGGCUGCUGAGCUCCUUCUGAAAGUCAAGGGAAAUGAGGCUGACCUCCCCAUCGUGCCUCCCAAACGGGCUGAGAACCUGUACAUGGUCCCCCAGGGGAUUCGACCUGUGGUGCAGCUCACGGCCAUCGAGAUUCUGGCCUGGGGUUUACGCAACAUGAAAACGUACCAGCUGGCCGCAGUGUCCUCCCCCAGUCUCAUCGUAGAGUGCGGAGGGGAGAUGAUUGAGUCGGCGGUCAUCAAGAACGUAAAGAAGAGCCCCAACUUCCCUGGAUCUGUUCUCUUCCUUAAAGUGCUUCUUCCCAAAGAGGAGAUGUACACGCCUCCUAUUGUGUUGAAGGUGAUUGACCACAGGCCUUUCGGGAGAAAGCCCGUCGUAGGACAGUGCACCAUCUCCUCCCUGGAAGAUUUUCGUUGUGAUCCCUACACCACCAAGGCUGAAGUAGCCAUGACAUCUAAAGUGGCUCUCAUGGCAGCCAAGGACAAGGACUGCGUCGUUGAAAUGGAGGACAGACGGCCUCUCUUGGCAGCUCAGCAAGCAGAAAAGGAAAAAGAAACAGUGGAUUGGUGGAGUAAGUUCUAUGCCUCCACUGGAGACCAUGAAAAGUGCAUGCCGUACCUGCAGAAAGAAUAUGAUACCUUAAAGAUUUAUGACUGCAACCUCGAGGAUGUUCCCGAGUUUCGGGGGCUCACCGACUUCUGUGAGACCUUCAAACUGCAGAGGGGCAAGUCGGGCGACAAGGACGACGACCCGAGUGUGGUGGGAGAAUUCAAGGGGUCCUUCAGGGUGUACCCUCUGUCAGAUGACCCUGGCGUUCCUGCUCCCCCUCGUCAGUUUCGAGAGCUUCCUGACAGUGGACCUCAGGAGUGUUUGGUCAGGAUCUACAUCAUCCGUGCCCUUCAGCUGCAGCCCAAGGACAACAACGGCAUGUGUGAUCCGUAUAUUAAGAUCUCUAUGGGCAAGAAAACAGUUGAAGACCGAGAUCACUACCAGCCAAACACCCUAGACCCAGUGUUUGGAAGAAUGUUUGAACUUUCCUGCUUCCUUCCUCAAGACAAAGAUCUGAAAAUCUCCAUCUAUGACUACGAUUUGUUGAGUCGUGAUGAGAAAGUCGGGGAGACCGUGAUUGAUCUGGAAAAUCGGUUUCUGUCUCGCUUUGGUUCAUAUUGUGGGCUACCCCAGACAUACUGCAUCUCUGGGAUAAACCAAUGGCGAGACCAGCACAAACCCUCUCAGAUCUUGCAGAAUCUGGCUAGGCUGAGAGGAGUCCCACCGCCCUUCACGGGAGACAAUGGCAACACGUUAACUUUCCAAGGCCAAGAGUACAGCCUUUCUGAAUUUGAAGCCAACAAGGAGAUCCACCAGCACUUGGGCCCGCCCAACGAGCGCAUCGCUCUGCACGUGCUCAGAACACAGGGCCUGGUGCCCGAGCACGUGGAGACCAGAACGCUGUACAGCAGCUUCCAGCCGACGCUGUCUCAGGGAAGGGUUCAAAUGUGGGUGGACAUAUUCCCAAAAAGCCUCGGCAUCCCCGGGCCCCCCUUCGACAUUGCGCCCCGCAAAGCGAAAAAGCAUUUCUUGCGUGCCAUCAUCUGGAACACAACCGAUGUCAUUUUGGACGAAACCAGCAUCACCGGGGAGCACAUGAGUGACAUCUACGUCAAAGGGUGGAUGCCGGGAAUGGAAGAGGACAAACAAAAGACUGACGUCCACUACAGGUCCCUAGAUGGAGACGGAAAUUUCAACUGGAGAUUAGUUUUUGGCUUUGACUACUUGCCUGCUGAACAGCUGUGCCUCGUGUCCAAAAAAGAACAUUUUUGGAGUCUUGACAAAACCGAAUUCAGGAUACCCCCGAGGCUGAUUGUUCAGAUUUGGGAUAACGACAAAUUCUCACUGGAUGACUACUUAGGCAGCAUUGAACUGGAUUUGCAGAACUUGAUCCCCCCAGCCAAGACGUCAGAAAGGUGCAGCUUGAAAAUGCUCCCAGAUCUGGGCGGAGCUGCCCCUCCCAAAAACGACCUCACGAAAUCACUGUUUGCUCAGAAGUCUGUCAGAGGCUGGUGGCCAUGCAUGAUUGAGAAAGACGGAAACAAAGAGUUGGGCGGAAAGGUUGAGAUGACUCUGGAAAUUGUGACUGAGAAAGAUUCUGAGGAGAAGCCUGCUGGAAAAGGAAGGGAUGAACCCAACAUGAACCCAAAGCUGGAUCCUCCUAAACGUCCGGAAACAUCUUUCUUUUGGUUUACGAAUCCCUGCAAAACCAUGAAAUUCAUUGUGUGGCGCAGAUUCAAAUGGCUCUUCAUUGGACUCAUCAUUCUCAUACUGGUGGGACUCUUCAUUGCCAUCCUCCUGUAUUCCUUACCGAACUAUGUUGCCAUGAAAAUUGUCAAUCCUAAAUAAGGACAAAUGGAAGAGGCUUCAACCCGAGCACAAUGGUGACAAUCAAGAGUCAUCGGUCACAAUGACAAAUGUUUUAGUCUCGACCACAUAGUGAACUGUGUACAUUUGUUCCUGGAAAACUGGUCCUUUUUGUUGAUGAAACGUGCCUUACAUGUACACAGUUCAAUGUAUUUCUUGCUCUCAUUUUGCUAUAUUGAUUUUGGUAAACAUGUAUCGAAACCGAUGGAACAUUCUAAUUGCACUAUUCUUAUUGUUACUAGUUUCAUGUUGAACGCAGUUCAUGAAAAAUCAUCUGGAAACUUCUGUAUUGAAACCAAUAUCACAACAGUAUGUAAUUUGUAAAGGCACAGUAACACAUCAGCCAUGUUUUAUGAACUAUGAUUUUGUCUUUAAGGGUGUUUUUAAAAAGUAUGCAUUCUUGUGAGUUUUAAAAUCUGAGAAAAGUAUAUUAAAGUAACACUUAUGAUCA